GAAGUCGUGAGGCAGCGUACACGUACGCCAUCAGCUCUGCAGGCGUCACCUACUCGAUCACGCAGGCGUGUAGUCAAGGCAACCUCACUAACUGCGGCUGCGACAAGACUAAGGAGGGCCACUACGCGAUGGAGGGAUGGAAGUGGGGUGGCUGCAGUGCGGACAUCAAGUAUGGCGUCAAGCUGACGAGAAAGUUCGUCGACGCGCGGGAGAUAGAGGGCGAUGCAAGGUCACUGAUGAACCUUCACAACAAUCGCGCCGGCAGAAAGGUCGUCAAGGACAACAUGGGCACCGAGUGUAAGUGUCACGGCGUGUCCGGCUCGUGCACGAUGAAGACAUGCUGGACGACACUGCCGGCCUUCCGUCGUAUCGGUCUCUCGCUGAUGUCGCGCUACUCGCGCGGCAAACGCGUCGUCGUCAUCCGCGAGCGUCGCACGCGCUCUCCGCUCUUCCUGAAGCUGCGACGCUCGAAGAAGCCCGACAGGAAGCCGCGCCGCACCGAUCUCGUCUUCCUCGACAAGUCGCCCAACUACUGCGAGCCGGACGCCGAGCGAGGUUCGAUGGGGACGAACGCGCGCCGCUGCAAUCGCACGUCGACGGACUCGGACUCGUGCGACCUGCUGUGCUGCGGACGCGGCUACAACACGCACCAGUUCACGCGCAUCUGGCAGUGCAACUGCAAGUUCAUCUGGUGCUGCUACGUCAACUGUAACGAGUGCAGCCAGCGCACGGAGGAGUACACGUGCAAGUAG